AUGUUCGGCUCCCGCAAGGGCUUCCAAGCGCGACCACCGCCGCCGCCCAAGCAGCGCAAGAAGCCAGCACCGCCACCGCGGAAGCAGCUCUUCGCCUUCGAUCCGGUCGCGGCCCACUACAACGCGCUGAAUCACGAAAGGCGUUUUGGUGUGACGCAGCCCGUCGUUUGUGUCGACUUGAACGCGGCGAGUGAAAGGAGGCGGUGGCGCGAGACCGGAGAUCUUACUGAAGCAUCAAACACAAUCAAGGCCCUCGUGCCAGAAGCCGCGAACGAGGGCGAAUUGCUGGAGCGGGCGCUCGCCGCGCACCUGCGGCGCCGCGCGACGCCGUCCAUAAGAUGCUGGGACCUCGUCAAGGCGCGCCUCGCCUUCCAGCGUAUUGAUUGUUGUGUGUAUUGCGGCGAAUCGACGCGGACCGAGGACGAGGCCGUGCCGUGCCGGAGCUUCAAGCGGCCCGGGGGCUGCGCAGCCGAAGCCCACCGGCGGUGCCUGGCGCGGGCGGGCGUCGGGCUCCUGUCCACGAGAUGGACCUGCGGCGUGUGCGUCGAGGUCGCGCGGAGGCGGUCCGUGCGGACGCCGGCCGACAAAUUGAUCGCUGACGCCCAGGAGGCGGAGGCCGCGGCGGCCGCGGCGCUGCGUGCGUCGGGAACGACGCCGUCGACGGCGCCGGGCUGGGUCGCGCAGCUUGCACAACGGGGCGGCCAGAAGAGUCGGCGCGUCGCGCAGCAGCGGCGUAAGGUCGAUGGCCGGCGCAGAGACGCGGAGGCCGCGCGCGACGCGUUACGGGAGGCCCAGGCGACGGCGGCCCAGGCAAGGCAGCUCGAGGCCGGCGUGCUCAAUUUAGCCGCAUAUCUCGCGGCUUUGGACGCCGACGACAGUGCCCCCGCCGCGCAAGCCCUCAUAACAAAAAUGGUCGCAGCCAAAGACGACUGGCGCCGCGAUGUCGACGCGAUGCUCAGUGGCGAGGCGCCGGCGGAGGCGAACGCGCGGGAAGCUGAUGACCUCCUGAAACAGGACGAGCUCUAUCUGGAGGACCUGGAACGAGCGCCGGACGACGCGGCUGGCUGGGCGCGGCGGUUCAUCGAGGAGCCGGAUUUGGAUGCGUGGCCCUGGGGCGGCAACUCGACGACCGAGAAGAUGCGCAUGUUCUCGCGCUUGCAGCGCCAGCUGCGCGACACGCUCGACGCGUCGCUUCUGGGCGGGCCGGGGGCUAUAGCGUCAGGGGUGACGUGUGUUGCCCCCAAAAACACGUCGGACAAGUUCGCGUACGAGGCGUGUCUCUGGACGCGCGACCCGGCACUGGCCAAAAUAGCAGUCAACAUGGAUCGGGAGCUGCUGCCGGGGCGCGUCGAGCGCGCGAACCUCUCGACGUUCGGCGAAUUCACUGUGGACGAGAAGCCGCCGGGGCUGCCUGACUUUUCGUCCGCGCGGCCCGGCGCGUGCUUCGUCCUGUUCCGGCGACGGAGGCUUCCGUCGAAUCCGUCGUCGCCGCGAGUGUCUGCAUCAUAA